AUGUAUGAGGUUGAGAUAAAGGUGAGGGGAGGAGGGUCCUUUGAGGUUUUCCUCUGCAACACCACAAAGCGGUUCAAAGAGCUGACCGUGGAGGAUCUGUGGGACAAGGUUCAGCAGGAAAAAGAGCGCUACAACUCAGAAAACUACCGGCUGUUAUUUGAGGGCUCCAUUUUGGAUGAAGACGACUCUCUGUAUGAGACUGGGAUCAGGAACGGCUCCGUGAUUAUUUUGGAGUCGGUGAGACGUGAACCCAUUCGCUUUCAGUGCUCGAGCGGACGCAGAAACAGCAUGGACCGACUGGCAGACUUUGAUGUCUGUGUUUUGCAAUGA